AUGACUGUUGAAAAAGGCUCUACAUUACCAUCUAAACCAUUAUAUCAUUUAUCUCCUAAAGCUGUUGGCGGCUCCGCAUCUGCACCUGAGAAAGUUGACGUCACCAAACUUGAACAUCCAUUGUUGACGUUGGUUGUUCCUGGUGCGUUUACUCCUGCAUGCACCGAGAAACACAUGCCUCCAUAUCUCACCAAGGAAGCUAUCGAUAGUUUGAAAAAGAGCGGUAUUAAGCAGGUUGUUGUGAUUUCUGUUGAUUCCCCGUUUAUCACCCGUGCCUGGAGUGAAGAUUUGACGCAGGAUAAUCCCGAGGUCAAGAAGUUUGUCGAGGAUGGCUAUAUCAAGUUCCUAUCGGAUGCAGGUGCUGAAUGGCUAAACGAAGCUGGUUUAGACAUGGAGGCCAACGAUCCAUUUGUUAAAGACGGCAUUCGUGGCUCAAGAAGUGCAAUUCUCACUGAUGGCAAAGGUAAAGUUGUGUAUGUUGGUGUUGAUUCAAACCCCGUCAAUGUUGACAACUCAAGUUUUGAAGCUGUUCUACUCGAAUUGUCAAACUAG